CUAUAGGGCCACACCAAAUCCCGGUACUUGUCAAAGGGCGCUAGAGCAGGUAAUUCCAAGAGCUAAGACUAACUUUAGUCCACCAUUAAAACCAUAAUUUCGGCCAAGUUCCGGCGCAUCAUUUUCCAAAAUUCAAUUAACAAAUUGCAUAAAACUGGAAAAGUUCUAAGUGCGCAAUUUAGCUAAAGCUUUCAACUUUUUGCCAAUUUUUUUGAAAUACAGUGGAUGUCCAGAAGUUAAGGCGUGACAGUUUUGAAAUUUUAUUAGGUUGGUUGAAGAAAUAUAAGUUUAGAGAGAAAAUUAAGACAAUUUAGUGGUAGAAGCAGAAAAUGAGCCAAAAGAGACCACCCCCUGAUCCAAUUGCUGUGUUAAGAGGGCAUCGCGCCUCGGUUAUGGAUGUUUGCUUCCAUUGGCGUAAACCCUUGUUGUUUUCUGGUUCGACUGAUGGUGAGUUAAGGAUAUGGGACACGGUGCAGCUACGGACAUUAUCUUCUGCGUGGGUUCAUAGUGCAGCUCAUGGGAUUAUGUGUGUUGCUUCUGAUCCUUGUCUCGGAAAUGGAAAAGUUUUAAGUCAGGGCAGGGACGGAACAAUAAAGUUGUGGGAUAUUGAAAAUGGAGGACUUUCCAGGACACCCUCAGUCACUAUCAGCACGAAUUCUUACCAUUUUUGCAAAUUGUCAUUGGUGAAGAACCCUGUUAACGAGGUGAAGCCUGCUGAAACUUCCGUUCAGGAGCAGCAUGUGGAUUGUGGUGGGGAUGUGGAUUCUACUGUGAAGACGGCCAAGACGGUCGAAUAUCAACCAGAAAACUUAGAUGAUGUACAGAUUGAAGAACCAAAAUAUGUAGCAGUUGCAGGAGAACAGCCCUCUCAGGUUGAGAUUUGGGAUCUGAAUACUGCAGAAAGGUGCACAAGACUUCCUCAGAGUUUUUCAAACGGGAUCGUGAGUGAUUCUGAAAAAGGGAGAGGAAUGUGCAUGGCUGUUCAAGCAUUUAUACCAUCUAAAGGCCAAGGAUCCUUACACAUCUUGGCUGGUUAUGAGGACGGGACUAUGGCGUGGUGGGAUAUGAGGAACACCGCGAAACCCUUGACUUCUGUAAAGUACUAUUCAGAGCCAGUUACUAGCUUGGCAGUUGAUCAAUCAUGCCAUGGAGGUGUCUCUGGGGCUGCAGAUGACAAGAUCCUUCUGUUUAAUUUGGAUUAUGAUAUGGGUACUUGUGUGGUCAGGAAAGAAAUUAACUUGGAGCGACCUGGUAUAGCAGGCACCUCAAUUCGUCCAGAUGGUAAAAUUGCUGCUACUGCUGGAUGGGACCGCAGUCCAAGCUUUGGCAGCGCUAAGUUCGAUUUGGAGUUGGCUAGGCUCAUUAUUACCCUUCCCCUCACAAUAAGGGAGUCAGGGUAUACAACUAUCGGAAAGGAAAUGCUCUGGCUAUACUCAAGUAUCACAGUGCAAUGUGCAAUACAGUGUCAUUCUCAAGGGACUGUAAGCUGCUCGCGUCUUCAUCAGAAGAUACCACAGUUGCUCUAUGGAAGCUUUAUCCACCUCGAGACACAACUGAAGCAGCGUAACCAGGUGGUUUUGAGUGACCAUUUUCCCUGUCGUUCUUUGUUAUAAUGAAAUCUGAUUGUUAUUUUCUGAUGAUGAGUUGUUUCUGGAAUAUUAGUCAUCUCCGGGCUUUAUGGGUUGAUUGAUCUACAUUAUAUUACUAAUACUAGCUUAAAUUUUGUACAGAGUAUAUAUGUAUUUUCUCAUUGUGUAUAGAUUUCCUCUUCCCUAAGGGGUGUUUGGUA